CUAAUUUUUCUUCAAGUAUCAAGCUAACUUUCAUUGUGGUGAAGAUAUGAAUAAACACCAGGAUUUUUGUUGAAAAAAAUAAUAAACUUGGAAAUCCAUUUCUAGGAACUGUGAUCAACAUGGUGUUAACCACAGAGCAAUGGUAUGAGAAUGACCUGGCUCAACACCAGACUGUGGAGGCUGAUAUCAAUGGCCUGCUAAAUGUGCUGGACAAGCUGACCCUGGCCAGAGCUGACCUGGAGAUGCAGAUUGAGAACCUGACUGAAGAGCUGGCCUAUCUGAAGAAGAACUACAAGGAGAAAUGGUUCUAUUUCUGCCUGGAUGCUCUGCUCAAAGGAGUCGUCACUGCUCACCCUGACUGGGGUGGCUGAGCCCUGUUUCCCACUGGCCUCCAUGGGGCUGCCAGGAACAUU